UCGAACAAAUCAUCUCCUCUUUCUUCCUUCUGAUUUCAUCUGAUCACCAUCGUGAAAUUCACUUGGUGGGCCACCUCCAAAUCACCGAAAGAUCAGAUACAUUGCGAAAAUCUGCUAAUCGGACGGCACCCAAUUGCCAGAUAUCCGACACCCAUAUCCAUCCCCAACGAUCUUGAGCGAUGGGAUACUCCAGUAGCCCAUCAUCAUCCAUGGCCCAGUCACACCAUCACACCCACAAGGCCUUCCUCCUCUGCAAUUACAUCCUCAUCGGUGCCGCCUCGAGCUGCAUCUUCCUCACUCUCUCUCUUCGGCUCAUCCCAGCCGUCUGUGGCAUUGUCCUAAUCUUCCUCCACAUUCUAACGAUCACGGGGGCCAUCGCUGGCUGCGCAGCUGCCACUGCUGGGACCACACGGUGGUACGCGGCCCACAUGGUUACGACGGUCCUGACCGCGAUCUUCCAAGGCUCUGUAGCCAUCCUUGUUUUCACCAGGACUGCUGAUUUCCUUGGAGGGCUGAGAUCUUAUGUGAGGGAGGAAGAUGGUGUGAUGAUCUUGAGAUUGGCUGGUGGGCUUUGUGUUCUGAUCUUUUGCAUGGAGUGGAUGGUUUUGGGCCUUGCAUUUGUGCUAAGAUACUAUGAUUAUGUAGAAGGGGAAGAGAAUGGAAGUGCCAUGAAGAGGAGUGCUAAGGUGCAACAUGAGCUAAGUACUGGCCCAUGGGCCUACUGAAGUUUUUCAAGGAGUUUAGUGGUGGGCCAUGGGGGUUUUCAAGGAUUUGAUUGGUGGGCCAUUUCUUCUAAGUGGGCCUUUUAUUUGUUUAUUUUUUUAAUUAUUAUUUUAAUUUUUAUACACAUUUGUGUUGUGUGGUAAUUGUUCUUUUGAGUAUCUCACUUUGUUGGAAAAUCUAUUUGAUUAUAUUUGUUGAUUGAUAGUCA